AGAGAGUACCACGGACGGGAUGGGUGUACAGGAAUGUGGCAAAGCCAGAGAGCGUAUCCGAUCAUAUGUACAGGAUGGCGAUGAUGGCUUUGGUGACUGAAGACAAAAGCCUUAACAAGGACAGAUGCAUACGAUUAGCUUUGGUUCACGAUAUGGCUGAAUGCAUUGUUGGAGAUAUUGCUCCUGCAGAUAAUGUCUCAAAAGAGGAGAAACACAGGAGCGAAGAGGCAGCUAUGCAACAGCUGACCCAGCUUCUAUCAGAGGACCUCAGAAAAGAAAUCUAUGAACUCUGGGAAGAAUAUGAAAACCAGUGUACUGCAGAAGCCAAGUUUGUAAAACAGUUGGAUCAGUGUGAGAUGAUACUGCAAGCGUUUGAGUACGAAGAGUUGGAAAACACACCUGGCAGACUGCAGGAUUUUUAUGAUUCAACUGCUGGAAAGUUUGUUCACCCAGAAAUACUCCAUCUUGUAUCUCUGAUUAACAAAGAAAGGAAUAAAAAAAUAGCUGCUCCAUCUCAUCCACAUUCCUGAGGUGUACCUAAAUGCUGUAGCUAUAAUAAAUAUUUUGUUUUACAUU